UACAUGCAUUUUGUUGGCCGUGCGAUGGUCAACUGGACAGAGAUCGAAUCACGUGGCAAAUCAAAGGUGACCAUCCCAUACAUGGCGGGAGAAUGCUACUUCGACCAAAAUGUUCAAAUAUUUGGAAAAGAACCUUGUGAAGACAAUGACGACCAUCAGAUUCCACUCGAAGCCGGUGAACAUCGAUUUCCUUUCCAGUUCCAGCUACCUGCCCGCGUCUUACCUUGUUCAUUUGAAGGAACCCUCGGUUACUCGCGGUUCUUUGCCCGUGCAGUCAUUGACAGACCUUGGAAGUUUGACCACGUUACGAAGAGGGCGUUCACCAUAUCUGGCGUAACGGUAGACUUGAAUAAGAUCCCCAGCGGCAUGAGCCCAGUAUACGCGGAAGAUGAGAAAAUAGUAUGUUGUUUGUGCUGCGCAACAGGACCAAUCAGCGUGUCUGCGCAUACGGAUAAGAAAUGCUACGUCCCUGGAGAAGUUGUGUACAUUUCGGCGAACCUGGAAAACAAAAGUCGACGCAGUGUUUGUACGUUAGAAGCCGAAUUGAUUCAGUCCGUGAACUACGGUGCAAGGAGAGAAGGUGUGGGUGCGCCUGGUUUCCGUACAACAUCGCACGUAGUCAAAGCUAUACGCUCUGAGGGGUGUGGUUCCUAUUCAAGAGCCACAUGGGUGCAGAAACCACUCGUGAUACCACCUGUACCAGCUACGGGUCUAGAAGGGUGCAGCUUCAUUGAUAUCAAGUAUUAUAUUAAGUUCACAGCCGACGUAGCUACCACGCCCUUCGAUGUUGAUCUAAUGUUGGAGAUCACUGUGGGUACGGAACCGCUAGAGGGCAGCUUCUUCGGUCGAUCAAUGGACAACCAAUAUGAUACUGCCAUCGCAGAUAUUCAUAUUGACUUGGGAAAAUCCGUUGAAGAUCUUCACACAUACGAGCAAUGUGCUAAUGGCGCCCAUGAAAUAAGAGAUGAAGAGGACAAUGAGUACGUGUACGGCGGACUAGGAUUCACCCCACUUUACAACUUCUACAAGACACCGACAUCGACACCAAUGCCUCCUCGACACCAGUAUCUCGACGUCGUGACGUCAUCGCCAGAUAAAUCGACAUCCGUUUGACAUAUUGCAUGUAUUACGUCAAAGAGGACUUAAUUACUAUAUGCGUUCGGUGUGACUAUUUAAAACUCUGAAUGUUGAGACAGGGCUGAUAAAACGUCAUCACUUACGUCAUGAUACUGACAAAAAGAUUGAUGUGAAGUGUAUGGUAAUUGAUAAAGAUCACCGUGCGAGUUUACCUUGUUUCCAGUAUGCUGGGUAUGAUACUGAGGACUUGAUGAGGACGUGUGGUUGAACAUGUUGAUGAGUAUAAACAAGGUAAAAAGACCAAUGCAAGGGUAUAAACAAAUUUGGUGAAAAGCAGGAGAGCGUUUGGUUUUCAUUGAUAACUACGAUAAGCUACUGAAUUGCUUACAUCAGCUUUGCUGGGAGAAAGAUUGUCUUUUAAACUCAUUGGCAAGACGAUACAUGAAACAUGCACACAGGGAGGUAUUUCAUGGUGUAUUUUGAUGACUGUUACAAGCUACUGAAACCCUUGCAUCUGAUUGGUGGACCUCGUGUUGACCUUGAAUUUCUACCUUAUUCUUACUCUUAGUACUUGAAGAGUUGGAACGCAAUUUCAGUGAUAGAAUGUGUCAAUAGAAAAGUGAUAUAUUGUCCAUCAAACGUCAUAUAUAUGUCAGACCAAAGAUAAUGAUAUUUCAAUAUUUAAAAAAAAAAGAUAGUCAGGAACUAUUUCUCGAAACCCGUUCAACACUCAUAUCUUUGACAAUUAUAAAAAUACGUGUUAUAAAUUAGCAUCCGUUUCAUGAUCGUUAAAGAACUUGACUUAGUGGGUCAAGAAACUUCGAUAAACGGGGAUUAUUUUCAGACUUCAUGAAAGUCAACAAAGGCUAAUAGAGUAAUUGAUUCAAAGUCGCGCCAUAUAAAUUGUGAUCUAACAGAUAGUAUACAAGCUGUUGUUUCCAUCGUAAAUUACCUUGAAACUACCUUAGAAAGGGAUUAUGAUAAUAUGGGGGCCAUGUAACAUUAAGGGAUACACUACACUGAAAAGGUUAAGUGCUUAAUAUGCCAUAUGCUUGCAAUAAAAUUCAAUAGCUUUUAUGUAUAAAUACAUUAACCUCAUUUCCCCAUAACCAGACGCGAAUUUUAAUUUGUGAUUAAAAGAGGAAACUUCCUCUGAAAAGUCACAAAACGUGUUCAUUUUUAUCUUCUUGAAAUAAUUCAGUAUGCAACAUACUACCCACCCCCAUCCUUAAAAAAUGGGGAUUAUUAAAUGAUAAGGAAUCGGAUACUAGACUAAAUCUGUAACUUGAUGAAUCACUUGACGAAUUAAUAAAGUAAUUUAUAUUAGUAUGAUGUACAAAUUUAUAAAUUAGAGAAUAGAAUCAAAUAUUUAUCGGUGCAUAUAUGAGUUGAUUAUGUAACUUGAAAAUAAUUCAUUGCACUUUAAAGGUAUUGUUUAACUUUGUGAGCAGCCGAUUUAAAAAGUUCUCAAACCAAGAUGAAACAUGUGUACAAGUGCAUGUGUUAGAACUAAUAAACCCUGAAAACAACCAUUAUUGAGAAUGAAAAGCUAAAACUACAAGGCAAACCCCGAUUUUGUAAAUAGGCGUCUUAUAGACGCCUAAAUAGUACACAUAAGUGUACGGGAUGAAAUUAAGAUGGUGUUUUCGGUCACUUUAUAUUUCAAUUUUUGAAGCACUAAAUAAUUAUUUUCGAACGCAAUUUUUUCUGGGCUUCAUUUUUGUAACAUAUCACAGAUACAGGUGACAAGUGUGACCUUCUAGCUCAGAUUUCUUAAAAGUCAAACCAAUGUUAACCAAUCACUUUAAACUACCAAUGAUUGUUAUAUUAGAAUGUGUAAGAGAAAAUCAAAGAACCAAAUCCACCUUGAAAUAUCAGUGUUGCUACUUUAAUACAUUAUGAAUACAUUUAUUUUAUAUAACUGAAAUGAUGUUAGCUCUUUAUCGAGUUAUGACUUGACGAAAGAGUGGAAUAUGAAGAGCAUCAAAUUAGGCUGAUACGAUUAAGCUAUGGAGAGAGAGAUCUUGGUUUUCCAUAGGUAUUCCCGCCUUUGUUAAAGUCAUUAAUAAAAAUGAAAAUUAUUGCUUAUUAAAAACUGAAAUGAUUGUCUACUCCGAAAUCUACGAACCAUCAAAUUCCUUAACAUUACAUAAAAAUGAGUAAUAUUGAUCAACUUUUUCAUGCUCUGAUUUAUUUCAGCCCCAUCUUUACUAUUAAGAAUUCAAAAGCUUGCCACUAUUAUGUUAAUACAGUGACAAUAUUCAGUAUAUUUCCUAUUGUGGUUUUGAAAAAUACAUAUAUACAUGUAUUUGUAAAUCUGUUGUAAAUACACUUGAUAUGAUAUUCAAUAUGUUAUGUAUCCAUAUUUUUACGUUUCACCUUAUUAAGGAUAUAUUCAAAUUGUUUUGAUAUAUUUAUCUUUUAUUAAUCGUAUCGUGAUGGGGAUUGUAAAUUAUUUACUUCUUUGCCUAAAUAACAUCAACAUUAUAUGCACAUUUUGGGUAAAUUGUAUUUCAAUUGAUUAACAAAAGAAUAAAAAUUUUCAGAAUCGUACUUGAAUGCAGAACCCCUGUUCAUGAUCACACAAAUUGAGUUUAUAUUUAGUAUAUUCAUUCAUGUUCAUGUGAAAAUAUGAAUUCAUGUUCAUUUUUAAAUGAAUGUGCAUUCAUAAAACAAACAGUAAGACAGGGGUAAAGAAAGAGAAGAAAGUUAAAAGGACAAAAAAACGGGAUGAGGUAUAUGCACAUAGCUUUAUAUGCCUACUGGGAGGGGGGAUAAUGGUACAAUCAAAGGUCACGAAAUUAAUUGUUUACUAUAUAUCAUUUCGUUCUGAUUUGUAACCAAUUCUGCCGUAUAACCACAUCAUUUUAUAAAACAAAUAAUGCACAGAUUAAAGUUCGUGAUGUUGGUGGCGAUGCAGGCAUUUCUGGAAUCUACGUUGUUGUGCAAGUUUCCUGCUUUUGUCAUUGAACAAUACACUUAAAGUAAUAUAUCGCCAUUAACACACCCUGACCUGUGCAUUAUUUGUAUGAUUUCUAAGGUUUCCAUCCCAGUUGCAUAGCUUCCAAGUAAUCAUUAGAAUGCCAUCUUGGCGUACUUUCAGCACCUUGACGCAGAGUUGACGUAGGAAGGUAUCGUAACAAAUUCCUUCUGGCGUGAUAAUAAUGGUAACCUGUAGAGUGAACUUUUUAGGUGGUUAAACGUGUAUGGUUCCCUGAAUAACCCACACUUUUUAUGAAGCAAUAAAGACGUGAUCAUGCUUGA